ACAGCCAUUUUCGGGUAGCGACUGUCAUCCUUGGAACACACUUCUCAAACUGUGAGAGAACGUACCAGUCCCGCACUAUCUUUAAAACAAAUUCUGAGGAUGGAUAGAACGAUGCCGAAUCGCGGCAAAUAGUGUUCCUGUAUUUAGAGCGCUGCUCCGGUUCAAGUUACGGAAGAGAACAUUGACGAGGCUAAUUCGUGGCAGGCUCGAAUUCAUUAGCUAGCCAGCCAUGCUAGCAUAAUUGGUUACAAUGUAUUGCUUGGAAUUUGCUCGCUUUUAGACGGCAGCGACAUUAUACAACGGGAUUAAAGCCAGUGGUGUGUCGUGGGUUUAUUUUUAUAGUGCAGCAGACCGAGUAACGUGUCAUCAGGAUUUAACCGGCGGGCGGACUGGGGAGAGAAAGCCUUGCGGUUCAGGAGCGUAGCCCACUCUUACAAAAAGGGAUUGAAGUGGAGCAUCAGUCGGUGGUGCUUUGUUUGAGCUCGAGGUUACCGGGGGCAGCGCACUUGUCUUGGGGGAAAUAGAACCGUUUCGAUUAAGUGUGUGUGAACUCCGGUUAUGUCCACCAUGGUGUACCCACGCAGCGAGGAGGCCCUGGAGCGCCUGACCCAGGAUGAGAUCGUGCUCAACACAAAGACUGUGAUGCAGGGCCUGGAGACACUCAGAGGGGAGCAUGCCCAGCUCCUCACCUCCCUGCUGGACUGCACACAGCCACCUGCUGCCCAGGAGAAGUCAGGCCUGCUGCGGAAGAGCCUGGAGGCCAUAGAUUUAGGCCUGGGAGAGGCACAGGUGAUCAUUGCCCUGUCGGGUCACCUGAGUGCUGUGGAGUCAGAGAAACAGAAGCUAAGAGCCCAGGUCAGACGACUGUGUCAGGAGAACCAGUGGUUAAGAGAUGAGCUAGCAGGAACCCAGCACAAGCUGCAGCGUAGUGAGCAGAGUGUUGCCCAGCUGGAGGAAGAGAAGAAGCACCUGGAGUUCAUGAACAAGAUCAAGAAGUUUGACGACGACGUGUCACAGUCUGAGGAGAAGGCUGCAGGCGAGACGUCUAAAGACAGCCUGGACGACCUGUUCCCCAACGAUGACGACCAGGGACAGGCCCAGCCCAGUGGAGAGGUGGCGGCCCAGCAGGGUGGCUAUGAGAUCCCGGCCCGCCUGAGGACCCUCCACAACCUGGUGAUCCAGUACGCCUCCCAGGGGAGGUACGAGGUGGCCGUGCCCCUCUGCAAACAGGCCCUGGAGGACCUGGAGAAGACCUCCGGACACGACCACCCUGACGUGGCCACCAUGCUCAACAUCCUGGCCCUGGUCUACAGGGACCAGAACAAGUACAAAGAGGCAGCCCACCUGCUGAACGAUGCCCUGGCCAUCAGAGAGAAGACCCUGGGGAAGGACCACCCUGCGGUAGCCGCCACUCUCAACAACCUGGCUGUGCUCUACGGGAAGAGGGGCAAGUACAAGGAGGCUGAGCCCCUCUGUAAGAGAGCCCUGGAGAUUAGAGAGAAGGUCCUGGGGAAGUACCACCCUGACGUGGCCAAGCAGCUGAACAACCUGGCCCUGCUGUGUCAGAACCAGGGAAAGUACGAGGAGGUGGAGUACUACUACAGACAAGCCCUGGAGAUCUACCAGUCCAAACUGGGGGCUGAUGACCCCAACGUAGCCAAGACCAAGAACAACCUGGCUACAUGCUACCUCAAACAGGGGAAGUUCAAGGAUGCUGAGUCCCUGUACAAAGAGAUCCUAACCAGAGCACAUGAGAAGGAGUUUGGAUCAGUCAACAAUGACAACAAGCCAAUCUGGAUGCAUGCGGAGGAGAGAGAGGAGAGCAAGGGGAAGAGGAAGGAAGCUAGUCCCUGUGUAGAGUAUGGGAGCUGGUACAAGGCCUGCAAAGUUGACAGUCCUACUGUCAAUACCACCCUGAAGAGCCUGGGGGCGCUGUACCGCAGACAGGGUAAAUUACAGGCAGCUGAGACACUGGAGGAGUGUUCUACCAAGACACGCAAGCAGGGUAUAGAUGCCAUUAACCAGAGUAAGGUGGUGGAGCUCCUGAAGGAUGGGGCCCCAGGAGGGGGUGAGCGACGGCAGAGCCGGGAGGGUCUCAACGGGCCCCAGCGGGGGGACUGUGAGGGGGACGACGGAGCAGAGUGGAACGGGGAAGGUAACGGUUCUUUGCGUCGGAGCGGGUCCUUUGGGAAGAUCCGUGAAGCGCUGCGUAGGAGCAGUGAGAUGCUGGUGAAGAAACUACAGGGCAGUGGCCCCCAGGAGCCCCGCAACCCAGGGAUGAAGAGAGCCAGCUCCCUCAACUUCCUCAACAAGAGUGCAGAGGACCCAUCACAGGAUGCCAACACCGGCCUAUCAGAAUGCAGAGGACUGAGUGCCAGCAAUGUGGACUUGUCAAGACGCAGCUCCCUGAUUGGUUAAACAGACAGGAGGCGGGACCAGGAGGAGGAAGGUCCAAUAACGGGACCAGGAGGAGGAAAGCCCAAUGAGGAGAGACAGUUUGAUGCCCAAAGCGAUCAAAACACUCACAUUCAAGACAUAUUUUCUAAAGAAACCAGAAAAAGCAUUGCAAAAAAACCUGACUUGACGCUUUUAGUGACUCAGACGUCUCUGUGUCUGCUUUACUGUAUACUUCGCUGGCAUCUAUCAAACAAGUAGAGAAAAUCCUAUUUAAACGGCAUGCUGCUUACUAGAAGGUGGAAUUUUUGCACUAGACACUCAUCAUGGUGAGUCUGAGGCAUAGCAUCAUGACAGAAUCCAUAUUGUUAUCGCAGUGUGACGAAUUUCUAUCUUAACCCGCACACUCUCAUGCAGACACUCAACCUUAGGUAGGCUAGUUCUAUUCUGAUUUCUAUCUUAACCCACACACUCUCAUGCAGACACUCAACCUUAGGUAGGCUAGUUCUAUUCUGAUUUCUAUCUUAACCCACACACUCUCAUGCAGACACUCAACCUUAGGUAGGGUAGUUCUAUUCUGAUUUCUAUCUUAACCCACACACUCUCAUGCAGACACUCAACCUUAGGUAGUUUAGUUCUAUUCUGAUUUCUAUCUUAACCCACACACUCUCAUGCAGACACUCAACCUUAGGUAGGCUAGUUCUAUUCUGAUUUCUAUCUUAACCCACACACUCUCAUGCAGACACUCAACCUUAGGUAGGGUAGUUCUAUUCUGAUUUCUAUCUUAACCCACACACUCUCAUGCAGACACUCAACCUUAGGUAGGGUAGUUCUAUUCUGAUUUCUAUCUUAACCCACACACUCUCAUGCAGACACUCAACCUUAGGUAGGCUAGUUCUAUUCUGAUUUCUAUCUUAACCCACACACUCUCAUGCAGACACUCAACCUUAGGUAGGGUAGUUCUAUUCUGAUUUCUAUCUUAACCCACACACUCUCAUGCAGACACUCAACCUUAGGUAGGGUAGUUCUAUUCUGAUUUCUAUCUUAGAGAAGUGUAACCGAUGUCAGUGUGCCGCUAACGGUUUAGCUUCCUCCACCGUCCCUGUCUCCAUCCCUGGCUCGAACCAGUGAUCCUCUGUUUUGCAACACACAUGACCGCCUUCCAUGACAACGUGGGAACACGAUUGAGCUACACAAAAGGUACCAAUCGGUUAGCUCCAUCGGCAACAUUUCAAGCUAGCUGCGGAGCAUUACGGUACAUUCCUAACUCUGUUACAGAAGCAUCACACUCAGCUCACUAGUGGCAUGAUUACUGAAGAUGCUAACAACCCAUUCAAUGGAAAUCACAGUGAAGAAAGCCAUAUAAAUCAUAUACGUUUUUAAGACGAGGUAUGAACUACAGCUGUUAGAAACUUCAGCGAGGUAAAAAACAGAUGGUACACAAUCUUUUUGGGAUGUCAAAUAAAUCAUUGUAUUUAAACAUCAUCUGGGAGACAAAAACAGCGCUGACCAGUUUAACCUCUCCUUUUUGCUAUCUGAAUGGUUAUGUAUAUACAGGUUUAAGUUAUUUUCUAUUUCUUUGUUUGUAUAUAGCGCACAGACAGGUUCUUGUUUAAACUGGUUAGAGGUUAGGAGAACCUCUGAUUUGGAGACAGACGCUGGAAGAGGACAGUCAGAAAGGAGUGAAGAGAGAAACAGGGAGAAUAUCGGCACUUAAUGGAUGUCCUAACUUCUAGUCCAAUUUUCACUUAGUCUCCCACUGAUAUGAAGUGAAAAUUUGACAAAAUGGAGGUUAGAAUUUCCCCCUGAAUCUAUAGCCUGAUCUGGUCAGAUAUGUUUGUGCUCUAAUCAACUACUGUUCCGUUUGUUGCCUUGUCAGACAACUAUGAACAUGACAGAUAAGAGUUGGCUAAAGGUCAAACAUAUCAGAGACCAGGUUCGUAUUCAUUAGGCACUAAAUAGCAGAAAACAGACUGAAGCAGGGAGGAACUACCUGGAUUUUUACAAUAAGAAACUCUCCCUUUCAUUUUCUGUUGCAAAAAGGUUUUGUACGGUGUGCACUAAUGAAUGGCAAGACCAGGCUAACUUAGCUCAUCUCAGACCUGGGGAAUAUACUGGAAAUGCUGACGUGACAAGCAGUACCAGUGUAUCUUAGUCAGAGUGCAGCCUGUUAGCAAGUUGUGGUACAAAUGCCUGUUUAACUCCACCACUGAAGUCCCAUUUCUCUUACGUGAUCUGGUGGUGUUGGUACUGAAAAACACAUUAUUAGCCCGACUGAUGCUGUGGAGGUGAAUGUGCUCCUAUGUUGAGCGUUGGUUUUAGCAAAUGCAUGGUCACAUGUCUACCACAGCACAACGUUUCUCCCCCAGCCAAAUAUUAUUAGAUCUCUACAUAGUUGUAAUGCCCUCAUUAGUUAAGAUGAUACAGUACAGUGCAUCUGUUUCUGUAAGAGGGAAGCAUUUAGGCAUCCCGUAUGUACCGUAUCAUAGAUAUCUGUCCUUGGUUGGCCUUUACUGAAUAAUGAGAGCAUGAUAUGUCCUUAUCUUUUUAUAUACAACAGUGAUCCUUUAUUAUAACUUGAUGUUGUUUGGAAAGAAUCUGAUUGAUUUACAGAACUUAUCUCUGAUCUAACCAAUGACAGUCCUUCACCAAAUGUUCUCAUCAUUUAUGUCUUAUUCUUGUCUGUGACUGGCUCCAACCUCGAUUGACGAUGUGCGGGGUAUUGUUGUUGAACUCUGAUUUGAAUGUUGGGUUUUACUUUGAUGAGGGACCGGGAGGGAAGAGGUUGACUGUGUACUGUGUUGUGUUGGCAAUUUGAAGUGUCUGGUUUGUGAGUUAGAAGUCCCAAGACUGAUACUGAGUCUUGGCCAACAGAAUGUAUAGUAUAUAUGUCCUAAUGAGUUUCACUUCCUGAUUGUGUUGCUCAGUGCAACGUAAAGUGGGAAUGGGAUGGAUUAAGUAUGUGACAAAUAGAGGCUAGAAGGGCUGAGGAGGAGAACACUGAUGAUGAAUGAUAAUGGGGGGAAUAGAAGGAUGAAGUGCUGUUCGGUGAGAAAAGCGAGAGAUUCAGUGAUUGAAAUGGAAAGUGGAACAUUGGAGAGCGGAAUAUGGAAAAGUGCUUUAAGUAUCAUUGCAGCAAAUAAUGUACAGAAUUGUCCAUCUCUGUCACACUCAACAGAACACACCUAAACAGUGCUCCUCCUACAAAUGUAUACCACAUGUUCAUGUAGAAGUAAGAACACCUUCCUCAGCAUCUGUGAAUCAGUGUGUCACUAUGGAAACUGGAAUGUAGCCGGGGGGGGGGGUCUCAUUGUUAGUGGCCAACAACAUUGUGUAUGUUUUAUUAAAGGUUCAAUAAAGGAAAAACUCCACUUUUCAAGCUGA